AACACUUAUUUAUGCAUAGCGGCCGGGAUAAGGUUGAAAGCAAGUUAGUUCAGUUGGUUUUCGGGACAUACAAGUUACUGUUACCAACAGAAAAGCGCCGUGAGAGAAACUAACCAAAUGUGGACCUGGCAGCAAUGGUGGACGCACGUGGAAUAGUUUGAUUGUCACACAUUUUCGUGUUACGUGGAUAUAUUCCCAUUCUCAUUUGGAUAGUGUCAUGACAUGAGUUCGUAGGAUUGUGUCUUCCACUUUAGAAGGAUUAUACUCAGAGAAUUGACUAACUGGAGUUGGUCGGAUAUUCAUUGCGCCAUUGUGACGUUGCGUAACAGGAUUAAGACCUUUUUAUACGUGUAAUUCCGAUGUAUCUUUCGGAUGUGACUUCGUGUGCAGUUGGAAUUCAGUAGAAAGGAGGAUAAAUUCCAUCUGUGUACAUUUGUUUUAAGGAAUUUAAAGUAUCAGGAUCCAUUAUCGACCGUGCGGAUAUACAUAAAUUACGUCAGCAUUGCCAACGAGACCAACCCAUCGUCCAAUCAUAAUCAGCAGGUCAUCCCGCUUCGGUAAGCGAUAUUGGGACACCUGAGUCAACAGGUAACGCCCAGUGAGGAAGGCCAGAAGUCCUGAAGAGUCGUCCAUCCAGCUACAGUUUAGGACCAGAUGGAUUCCCGCAGCUGAUACAAGAGCUGAGAGUAAACACAACAUGGCAUCUAGGAUGAUGUCUUUCAUUCGUCAACUGGUCAUAUUCAUGGCCCUGUUUGUGUUCACGGUGACGGGGCAAGCAACAGUCCGGUUCUUGGAUACAAACCUCAUUGUGAAGGAGGGUGAUCAGUUUGACCUGCGGGUGCAAAGAACUGGAUCCAUAACUUCUGAGUUGGUUGUUAUUGUUGCAAUUAAGAAACCAAUUGAAAGUGAUCUCAGCGAUGAUUUUAUCGGAGACACUCAAGUUGCACGGUUCACGCCAACUGGUUCCGACACAGUGGCCGUGACCUUCACAGUUAGAGAUGACGAUGAGGCAGAGGCUGAUGAAGUUAGCAUCCUGCAAAUCACCAUAGUGGGCAGAGCAGCCAUUGCUGUCGAUCCUUCACAGACGCGGGUCACCAUUCUGGCCAAUGAUGAUGCUUAUGGUGUCUUUGGCUUCACUGAGGCAUCACCUCGUCAGGUGAUUGAGAAGACAUUCACGGAGGUGAUCAACAUAAAGAUUGGCCGACAGAGAGGAUCGUUUGGGAGUAUCAUGGUCAGCUACAUGAUCAACGGAAGCAGUUUGGAGGCUGACGUGGAGAGAGACAUCGCACCAAGAAGCGGAUUUGUUAGGUUUCAGCCAAACGAAAGAGAAAACAACCUUCAGCUUCAGAUCAGGGCAGAUGAUAUACCUGAAAAUGCUGAAACAUUUACAGUUUAUUUGGUGGAUACCUCUCCCAUGGCCAGGAUUGACCAAACAAGAUCCUCAUUUACCUUCAUCAUACAGGCUAAUGAUGCCCCUCUUGGCUUCCGCAGUCCUGUGUACAGAUUUGCAGAGGGACCAGGCAGUCAGACAUAUUCUGUACAAGUAAAUCGUGGCCUGACAACAGAUGGCUUCACCAAGAUCGGCUCACUUUCUGAACAGGCAACAGUUCAAUACUCAGUUAGCCCAGGAACUGCACAACAAAAUGUUGACUUUACAGCAAGCAAUGGCCAGCUUGUAUUCGGACCAGAAGAAACUGUCAAGUCCAUUUCAUUUGUCGUCCUUGAUGAUAAUCAGCCAGAGAUGAAUGAAACAUUUCAGUUCCGUCUUUCAACAUUUUCGGGCGAUGUUGUGUGGGCCCCUAAUGCAGAGACAACCACAGUAGUAAUUAGUGCUAAUGAUAAUCAAAAUGGAGUCAUCAGCUUCAGAACAGAAAACAGCACAACAUUAAACCCAGAGGUGAGGGUCAACGAGGAUACAUACUCUGUGGCCGUAUUCCAAGUUGUUCGAAAUGCUGGGACUUUUGGUCGUGUGACAGCCACAUGGGAAAUUAGCCAUUAUAAUGAAACAACCGACCAAGUAACAUCCGAUGUGGGGCCUCUCUUUGGAGUGGUAGAAUUUCAAAAUGGUGCCAACACGGCUGAAAUCAGGAUCACGAUUGUGCAGGACACAUUCCCCGAGCCAGCUGAGAAGUUUGUGGUGACUCUGCAGGAAGCGACCGGGGGUGCAACCAUUGAGGGAGUAACACAAGCCUUUCUGCUCAUAGAAGACAGUGAUGAUAUGUACGGCAGAAUCGAGUUUGACUCACCCUUCCAGCAACAGAUCAAAAACACCAUCACUUCACGGUCCCUGAAACUUCAGCUGAAGCGUGAAGGAGGACGCUUCAAAGACCUCACCGCCAACAUCUCACUGACCUACUAUGACAACGCCAACAGAGACCGCACAGAUGAGGUGCUGGCACAGAGGUACUUCGAGAUGCCGCUGCUGCAAGGGUUGGAUAUCAUCAUGGGGGAAGUGCCUCUGCUACCCAAAGCCUUCCUGCAGACGGGAGGAAGAUUUGAUGCCUACAUUACGGACGUCAUUAUUGAUAUAACUCCUGAGUUUGGGAACUACAACAGCCCUGUCCUACAGUCCCGGAGGCAGGUCAGUAUCCCUGUCACCGCCACCAACGCCAAUGGGGAGAUAGGAUUUGCUGACAUCUCGGAUGUCCUGGUUGAAGAGCCCACGUCAGGCAGCAGAGUGGUUCAACUGAAGGUCAACCGGGAGGGAAGCAGUGGACCUGUCAACAUCAGGUGGAUUGUGACAGGAGUGGGAGAGUCAGCAUCUUCCGUUACAUCGGCUGACUUUGACAGCAUGACAGGCGUGGUUCUCAUGGCAUCAGGUGUGUCUGAGAUCGACAUAACACUCAGUGUCCGGGCAGAUGAAACUCCAGAGAUCAAUGAAACUGUAACCGUGGAGCUGAGGAUUGAAGGGUCUUCAGUAGAAAGGUUACGACCUGGGUCAGCAGAGGUCAAUGUCACUAUAUUGGCCAAUGAUAAUCCAGCUGGAGUGUUUGAAUUCUCAACAUUGAUGCAGAACAGUUAUAGAAUUCAGGAGGGGUCUGAAGCAGUGACAGUGAUUGUAGAGCGCAGCGGUGGAGCUCUCACGAUGAAGGAAGUAGAGUACCGAGUAUCUCCACGAGGAACUGAGGAGUUCUAUGGAGGAACUAGUGUCCUGAGGUUUGCUCCUGGUGAGACCAGAGCAACAGGGACUCUAGUAGCGAAGUCAGAUGGCAUACCAGAGUUGGACGAGUUGUUCAGCCUCCAGCUCCUGACCUACGGUACACCUGCCGCCCAACUGGGUGCCCGAGUGAGCAUCCCCAUCACUGUCGCAGCUAAUGAUGCACCUGGAGGAAUCAUCCAGUUCUCCAUGGAUCCCACUAUUGUCUACAUGGGGGAGAGCACCUCCAUCAACACUGUGUUCCGGGAUCUGAAUGUACAGCGGAGCCGGGGGACGUUUGGACAGGUGUCUGUAGCAUGGGAGUUACCAUCGAGUGCUCAGGCGGACCUCACACCCACCUCCGGAACCAUCACCUUCACGGAGGGACAAGCCCAGCAAACAAUACGAAUAUCUUCUGUUGCUGAUGAUAUACCAGAGAGCGAUGAGACCUACAUUCUGCAGUUAUCUCCCCCAACGGGCAAUGCCCAACCAGGUGUUCCGAUGAGAGCGACCAUUGUCAUCAGACAAAAUGACCACCCAUUAGAAUUUACAGAGGUCUGGAAGGAUGUAAUAGAGCCGUCUCAGGUUCAGUUCACCAUUCAGAGAACAGGUCGACUGACAGAUACGACAAAAGUACGAUACCGAACACUGGACGGGUCGGCAUCGAGUGUUUCCAACGACUACACCAGUGUUGACUCGGAGGUUACCUUCAACCCUGGAGAGACUGAGAAGAGCUUCUUCCUGGAAAUCUUGGAUGACAACUUGCCUGAGGGGAACGAGACAUUCCAGGUGCAGCUGUAUAACCUGGGAGGUGAUUUCAUCCUGACAAACAGAUCCACGGCCACGGUGAUGAUCCUGGCCAAUGAUGAUGCCUAUGGAGUGUUCCGCUUCAAGGAGCCGCUGGCAAAGGAGGCUAGCGAGGGAGAGACCAUUUACUUUGACAUCAUGCGAGACCAGGGUUCGUUCGGUGAGGUGGAUGUGUCCUGGCAGAUCCGCGACAUGCUCACCAAUCAAGUGGUGACAGACACAAGAGAAUUUGAAACAACCAGCGGGGUCAUUCAGUUCAAAGAAAGUCAAGGUCAGCUGCCCAUUAUCAUCAAGCCGCUUCCGGAUGACAUCCCUGAGAACGAGAAGACCUACAAUGUCGUCCUCACGGGAGUUAGCGUUGUCUCUGGGAGGACAAACACUGUUUUGGCCAAACUGGACUCUGCAAGGACAGUGGGGACUCUCAAGGUCAGGCAGAGUGAUGAGCCAUUUGGCAAGUUUGCUUUUCCGGCCAUGUCUGAUGAGAAGAACAUCGAUGAGGAUGUCACGCCGGGCCAGGGCGGGCAGACUUCAGCUACCUUUACUGUGGAAAGGCAACAGGGUAGCCUUGGAAACACACAGGUCCUGUGGGAGGUUUUCUCAGAAAGAAUGGGAGGCAAUCCUCCUAAACUAGUGGACUUGAUCUUUGUCGGUAACCGUCCCUCGACUGUAACUACAGACAACAGCAAGCGGAGACGGGGCACAGGGACGGAUGUGUUGCUCUUCUCGGGCGGUACAGGGAGUUACGUCACAGUCCCUGCGGCGGCCCAACCUCUGCCUGCAGACAUCAUGAACGGCUUCAGUCUUAGUGCUUGGGUCCAGCCUCAACCUAACACAAAUGGUUACAUCUUGGCCAAGACAUCCGCCGACGGUCUGAAGCACUUCUACAGCCUCAAACUGCUAACAUCAACAUCAUCGUCAACCAUCGAGCUGGCACUGGCCAGAUCAAACACGGGGGGUAGCCAUGUGUACCAGGGUGUGACCAGCGUCAACCUCAUGGACGGCAACUGGCAUCACAUCCUGGCAUCUGUUGCUAAUGGAAGCGCCAAGAUAUAUAUGGAUGGGAUGCUUAUUUCAACAAGAGCUCUGCUACAACCCAACAUCAUUGACGAGGCAGGUGCACUGUUCGUGGGAGCACGUUCCCCAGGAGCUGAAUUCUACCUCGGACACAUGCAGGAUGUCCGAGUCUUCCUCCGGAGCCUGGUUGAGGAAGAGAUCCUCGAGAUCUAUGAGACACCGGCCAUUAAGGACAUCAUGCCGAUCUCUGGGACCUUGACCUACACCCCAGGGGUGAGGACGAGUACAUUCAACAUCCAAUCUCUGCAGGACAUUGAGGAGGAGAGCAAUGAAGUCUUCUCUGUCACCCUGGUGUCUGUGAAUGGUGGAGCGGCCAUCUCCGACUCCGGCUUCAUUGCCACACUUACUGUUCUGAAGAGUGACAACUCAAAUGGCCUGUACGGCUUCACCCAGUCAUGUCAGCCAUCACGGACAGGCAACGAGAGCGCACUCAUCACGUGUGUCAUUGGGCGGAGCAGGGGAGAUGAUGGCGUUGUGACCAUCACCUGGGUCGUCCAGCAGGACGUCAACUCUGUGUACAUUCCCGCUGUGGACGACUUCGUCCAGGCCAGAGGAGCAGUGACAUUCAGCCCCGGAGAGAGGGAGAAGAGAUUACAAUUCCAGAUCAAAGAAGACAAUUUGCCAGAAAAAGCAGAAAUAUUUCGAGUGUACUUAGAAUCUGCCAUCUCGGGUGAUGGACAAACAGGAUCGACCAAUCAGAGUGGGGCUAGCAUAGACCCUUCAACUCGAUCGUCCAACCUCAUCAUAGAUGACACUGACUACCCUCACGGCAUGCUCCAGUUCUCAGCCUUGACAUCUCCCCCGCAACAAAAUGAUCCAAUGAUUAUUCCAGCCACUCAGCCGGUUACUGUUAUGGCGAGGGAGGAAGAUCGGGUGGCCUCCUUGUUGGUGGUUCGAGCUCAAGGACUGAUCGGGGAGGUCUCCGUGGAAUGGAGGACCAUCGACGGCACUGCCAGGAGUUCAGGGAAGUCCCCGCCAGACUACAUUGGUUCUUUGGGUGCAGCCUCUCGGUUUGUCCUGGGCAGUCAACAGAGAUAUGGAUAUCUGAACAUCACACUGCUGGACAACUCGAUUCCAGAGCCGUCCAAGACAUUCAGGGUGGAGCUGGUGAACCCAGGGGGUGGCGCCAGUGUGGGACCCGGGUCAACAGUCAAUGUCAUCAUCGGAGCAUCCGAUGGUGCAUUUGGCAUCUACCAGUUUGCCAAUGACUCUCUUGCUGUACAAGCCCAGGAAACGGGGGACAUUGGAUUCAACAGCAUCAGCCUCAAUGUUGUUCGUCUAGGGGGAUCCUAUGGCACAGCUCAGGUCACAUGGCAGGCAACAAAUGACAACGAAAAUGACCUUAUGAUGAAUAGUGGACAGAUCAACUUUGCAGAAAGUCAGACAUCUGCUGCAACAGAGAUACAGAUCCGUGGCGACUUGGUUCCAGAACUGGACGAGAACAUCAAUAUAGUUCUCACUGCAACAACUGAGGGUGACCUUGGUGACACUUCACGGAGGACGGCGGUGGUUACGAUCCUGGCCAAUGAUGGACCUUACGGCGUGUUCACCAUCGCGGACAAACAGAGGCCCGUCAUUGUGCAGGAAGGAAAUUCAGAUGUCAGUAUUACCAUUCAAAGACAGAAUGGGAAGUUUGGGACGGUGGAUGUGAGUUACGCAUCGCUACUGGCCAAUGAGAGCUACAACUAUCUACCGGGGCAGGUGAACAGAGCUGGAAGCAGCGACUUCCUGUCAGCUUCUGGGACAGUGAGGUUUCUGCCAAACCAGGAGUAUGCCACCUUCAGUGUGACCGUGCUGGACGAUGACCUCCCGGAGCUGGAUGAGAGCAUCUUUGUGGAGCUGAAACAGGCCAUUCUUACACAGGGGGCACAGCAGAGGCCAGUGCAAGACUCUCCACGUCUAGGGCAGAAGUCUCAGAGCUAUGCCCAGAUCAUUAUCAGCAGGAACGACGAUGCGAGUGGGAGGGUGGAGCUGUCUGCAUCAUCCCUGGAGGUGACAGAGGAGUCUGGCCCCCUGCAGCUGUUUGUCAACAGAGUUGGGGGAACGUUUGGGGAGAUCACUGUGAGGUUCAGCACAAUCGACCUGGAAGCGUCGAAACUCCAGGAUUAUAUCAUCACAGGCACAGAGCAGGUCAUACUAAGUGACGGAGAAGCACAGAAGAGACUCCCCAUCCGUAUAGAGAAUGAUUUCAUACCGGAGACAUCCGAGAGGUUCAGGAUUGAACUACUGGAUUCAAUCACUGGCGGUGCCUCUCUAGGAUCAGCCCGUCAAGCCAUUGUCACCAUUUUGCCUUCCGAUGAUCCAAACGGAGCCUUUGGGUUUGCUACCACUGGGGUUGAGAUGCAAGAGCUAGCCAAUGGCCAGAAUCCUGUGAGAGUGACAGUUUCAAGGACUGGCGGAGUGCGGGGAGUCAUCACUGUGAACUGGGAGGCCAAAUUGAAUGGUGUGCUGGCCACGGCUGACAUCACUCCUGCUUCAGGACAGUUGUACUUUGUGUCCAACGAGGGCAGCAAGCAGAUUGACAUCUUCAUCUUACCUGACGAUAUUCCAGAGGGGGAAGAGAGAAUCAACAUAACCUUGACCUCUGCUAACAAUGGUGGACGGAUUACAGACCAGAACUCAUUUAUUCUUUCCAUUGCUCCAAAUGACAACCCCCAUGGUGUUGUCCAGUUUCUACAGCCAAGUUACUCCCUCAAUGAAAUACCAGGGAGCCAGCCCCAAUCCCUGGCUCUUCAGAGAUAUGGUGGCGUCUAUGGUCGCCUCCGAGUAUACUACACAACAUCACAGACUCCAUUGUCAGAUCUGGCAGUUGAGCUUACAAGGCCAUUGGUUACUUAUUAUUACGACCCUCAAUCAGGGCGAAGAUUUGAUGGAAUAACUCUUGACGUGUCACAAGAAUCAAACCCCUUCAUGGCAUGUAGUUCCUUUUGUCUCAACCGUGAAGACUGCCGAGCAUAUACAUAUCGCCUUGACAACGUAACCACAGAGUGUUUCUGGCACAAUACAGACUUCUCUGGACCUCUAUCACCCGAUGUCAAUGCUCAGUACUAUGUGAAGAAUGCCACCACGGUGGCCAUGUUGAAGGAGUCCCAGUCCAGACCAGGGGCAGAUUAUGUAGCUGUCACUGAGGCCUCUGUCAUCGUGGACGACCAGGCGUCAUCGGCUCAGCUUCCAGUGACCAUCAUAGAUGACAGCCUGCCAGAGCUAGCCGAGAAGUUCCAGGUGACGCUGUUGCGAGUCGUUGUAGAUGACCCUGCAGCCAGCACAUCACAAAAUCCCACUCUUGGGAACAUCAAAACAGCAACUGUUAUCAUCCCUGCCAACGAUGAGGCAAAUGGCUUGUUCAGCAUCUACAGCAGUCAGUCUGCGACGCAGAGUGAGGUGCUUGUACAGGAGAGAGACCGACAGGCAGUCAACCUCAUUGUUGAGAGAACAGGAGGAACUAUCGGUGAGGUGUCUGUGGAAUGGUCAGUGGCACCGGGGGCUUCCGCUACAUACCAGGUGGACUUCAUUGCUGAUGGUGCCACCCUUGUGUUUCAAGAAGGAGUUUCACGUACUGUUGUGACGGUGACCAUCUUGGAUGACACGAUCCCCGAGGACAGGGAGAACUUCACUAUACAGCUGAGUAACCCACGUGGGGGCGCUCAGAUUGGUCCAAGAUCUAAUAUGACCGUUGUCAUCCUGGAGAAUGACAAUGUCGCAGGUGUGGUCAGUCUGGACGACACGGCCAAAAUAGCCACUGAAGGUGAAAGUUUCACAUGUCGGGUAUCGAGGACCUCCCCAGCUUAUGGCACGGUGGUUGUCAGCUGGACCAUAGAUGGCAUCAACGGCCUGCUACCACAGAAUGGCUUCCGACAGCCCAGUGGGACACUGACAUUUGCUCCUGGAGAGCUGUUCAAGGUGAUAUCCUUGACAGUGUUGACUGAUGACACACCUGAAGUUAACGAGGAGUAUCGCCUAAGAUUGUAUAACCCAAUCACACAAGGUGUGGGGGUAACCGGGGCUGCUACAAUUAACCCUCUCCGAAGUAGUGCCCUCAUCACCAUCAGAGGCAGUGACAACCCUCAUGGCCUCUUCCAGUUCGCGCUGACGUCACAAGCUGUACGUGUCGAAGAAGACGUUGGAAGAGUCAACCUGCAAGUUGACCGAAAGUUUGGAACCAUCGGCGCUGUCCAAGUGUCGUAUAACAUCAGUGCAGGUUCUGUUACACCAACUUCCACGGUUCUAAUUUUGGCAACAGCCAAUGAGGACUUUGGUGCCAUGAAUAAUGGACAGAUCACAAUUCCUGAUGGCGCAGCCUCUGGCACCAUUGUGGUGGACAUCAGAAACGAUGACACUCCUGAAAUUGAUGAGGUGUUUAUUGUCAGUCUGACAGGUGUGGCGUUGACAGGAUCUGAUGUUGUGCCGUUUCCCCCUCAGCUUGCUUCUAAUGUCACAUCGGAAGUGAUAAUCAGUGCUAAUGAUGGAACAAAAGGCCUCAUCAUGUUCGGUGAAUCUUCAAGAAGUUUCUCUGUUCAAGAGAACAACAUGAAUGUAUCUCUGGCUGUGGUGCGAGAUCGAGGCACUUUCGGCCAGGUCUCAGUUUACUUCUACAGCCAGGCCAUUACGCCGGGGAUCCAGACCGGUGUAGACUACAAGCUCACUCCACAGGAAAUAACUUUUGCUGCUGGAGAAAACUCAAAGAAUAUGCUGAUUGAAAUCAUGGAUGAUAAUGCACCUGAGCCCAAUGAGGUCUUUGAGGUCAUCUUGGCAAACCCACAAGGAGCUGCCCUUGGAAGUUUUGCAACAGCUACUGUGACUAUCCUUGCUAAUGAUGACGCCAGUGGCAUCAUCGACUUAGCAGACAACAGCACAGUGGUGUUACGAGAACCAACAGGAGACAACCUGGUACAGAGCAAGGCGGAAUUGCGCUUGUACCGCGGUCCGGGUAACUACGGUAUGGUCCGAGUACCAUUCACCAUCACAUCAGCGGACAACACCCCUGUCACAGACAUUGUGCCUGCGUCCGGAUUCAUCAUAUUUGAGGAUUUAUCUAUUCGCAGUGUGUUGGAGAUUCGGGCUGUGGAUGACAACAUCCCAGAGGAUCUGGAAAGGUUCACCCUCACACUUCAGUCUCCAGACAACAACGCCAAGCUGGGGUCCAUGAUACAGAAGGACAUCACCAUUGAACCUAAUGACUCACCUCAGGGACUCUUUGAAAUAUUUGUGUCCAACACAAGGAACACAUCAACUUCUCUCGAAGAAAGCCCUGGACUAGUUAAUCUAGACAUUAUCAGAUCAAGAGGAUCAGAUGGAACCAUCACUGUGAAUGUCAACACAGUUGCUGAAACAGCCUUGACUGUUUCUUCACAAGGGGAGAUAACUGUAGCUCUGUUGCAGAACAUACCCAGUGUGCGAGUUAGUGGCUGGCAUAGUUUCAGUGUGGGAGGCACCACCUACAUCCUGAUGCUGACAUCUCUGCCAACUGGGACUACUCUGAGAUCCCAGGUUCCUGCAGGUCCAUACCAAGGUGACGGCCAGUCAGCUCUCUUCAGGUGGCAGGGAGAGGCGGUGUACGUCAGUACUGUGGCAAGCGAUGGGGCGACGGCCGCUACAUCCUUUGUGUUGGAUGGAGUGACAUAUCUGAUGCUGGCUAACGGUGGGAGGGAAGGGAGGCGUGAAGUGGACUCGGUCCUCUACACUGUCACAGAGCAGGGAAUACUGGCCCCGAGCCAAGUAUUCCGAACCUUUGGCGCCAGUGAUGUGAAGUUCGUCAGUCACCAGGAUCAACACUUCUUGGUGAUAUCCCACGCCCUUAACAACGCCAGCCAGUCCAACCAGAAGGUCAGCCUCCACAUCUACAACACCGUCACCAAACAGUUCGGAGUGUCGCCAUGGCAGGAGAUCUCCACCCUGUACGCCCAUGCCAUCUCUCUCUUCAAUCUCGAUGGCGUCCUCUUCAUGGCUGUAGCAAGUUACUACGACUCGACAAAGAGCUCAUAUGAGACAAACUCGGCAGUCUACAAGAUGGGAGACAGUUUUCGAUUUUCUCAGCACCAGACUCUGGCCACGCAAGGUGCCAUGGAUGUGGAAUAUGUGAACACAAGCACCAUGCAACUCCUAGUAUUCGCCAAUAACCGCCAGAACGUGGUCCGUAGUCCUCAGCAGUCUGGUGUCUAUAGAUACGACAGCGCCACAAAGCGCUUCCUCAACCAUCAGUUCCUGGAGACAACCAGAACGGAGUCGGUCGCCUCGGUCACGGAUGGGGAGAACCUCUACCUCGCGUUUGCCAAUACUCUGAGUUCCUCCAUAGUGUAUAAGUGGAACAGGUCGAGAAGUGUCUUUGAGUCAGCUUGGAUUGGUGCCACACAACGUCGACUAGAACCGGUCGUCAUCCAGCAAUCCAAUGGCCUUCUGCUCUUACUGGCUGGAGCCCCUGUGGAUGAUGGGCCAGAUGGGGCCACCAUUUUCCAGAUUGCUCAAGUUAACCUGCUUAGUGAUUUUGUACCAAGACUCAUUACAAUGACCUUCUACCCUGGUGAGACUGUUCGCCACACAACUGCUGUUGUGUUACAAGACAAUAUUCCUGAGGACACUGAAACAUUCCGGGUUUCCCUCAUAGACCCUACAGCCGGCGCCGAAAUUGGUCAGCCUGGAUCCGUCAUUGUCAGCAUUCUCUCCAAUGAUAAUGCACAUGGCAUUAUUGAAUUCUCGGAUGACUCCCUCUCUGUGUUGGUGGAGGAGGAGAAUGGCAGGGACACCACCAUACAGCUGAAUGUCAACAGGAAGGCUGGUCACUUCGGCCGGGUGGUCAUCAGAUGGGCGGCAACGGGGGACCACACUGGGACGUCUGACAUCACACCACUGUCCGGGCAGGUUGAGUUUGCCAAUGGCCAGGUGCUGUCAACAAUCACCAUGACAGUGCGGGACGACGUGGAGGCGGAGUUUGCUGAGGACACUUAUGUCCAGUUGGUGGAGAUUCUGGAGAGAGGUACAACCCUGCCCAACAAAGGGGCAAUAUUAGGCCAGAAGAUUACAAGUAAGGUGACGGUUCAGGCCAACGACUCCCCGCAUGGCGUUGUAUCAUGGGAGACAUCAUUGACAACAACAAUCGAGCCCCAGGGAACAGACUCAACUCUUCAGCUGAAGAUCAUCCGUGAACAGGGCACUGAAGGAUCCAUCAGAGUCUUCUUUGUGACGUCCACUGCAACUGGACUGGCUCCUGACAACCGGGCAGUCGCCGGUGUAGAUUACGUUUCGAGACAGGGCUCUGUUACCAUGGCAGGAGGGAUCAGAGAAGCUGAGGUCGCAAUCACAGUAAAACAGGAUAACCUCCCUGAGCCAGAUGAGAGUUUCUAUGUGAACAUCACAAGCGUAGAGCUGGUUGGCAGCACAAGCACAUCCAGUGCCCAGCCCAGCAUCCGUACCCAAGGUGGAUACACGCAAGUCAGAAUCACACAGAAUGACGACCCUGGUGGCAUCGUGCAGUUCAACGUCACACUGAAUGUUGAAGGAAGAGUGGACACAUAUGAAGAAUAUGGCAGCCCCAACAAAGUCCUCCUGCCUCUCAGUCGGGUCAGCGGGCUGUUUGGGGAAGUAUUGGUCACAUGGCAGGCCCAGCCAAUCGAGGCCAACACAGAUGACUUUUCUCCAGCGGAUGGAACUGUCAGGUUUCAGAAUGGCCAGAGCAGUGCCCAGAUUGAGAUUUCCAUCAUUGAUGACACAAGUCAAGAACCCAUGGAGAUGUUUGAUGUCAGGCUUAUCAGCGCCACUGGUGGAGCCAGAAUUUCAACUUUCCGUACGGUCCGGGUUGCCAUUUUGAAAAAUGAUUCUCCAACUGGACUCUUCAGAUUUCAAACCAGUGAGGUGUCCACGAAAGAAUCAAGUUCUAGUGUUGACCCGGAAGGUCAAGCCACAUUGGUUGUUGAGAGAGUGCAAGGAGCGCAGGGAUUAGUGCUUGUGGAAUGGAGACUUGCAGCUAAUGCAGAAGAUGACUUCCUCCCUCCGUUACAGGGAACUCUCACUUUUAAUCAGGGUGAAGCUCGGAAGUCCAUUGUCCUUCAGACCAAACCGGACACCAUUUUGGAAGGAGAGGAGAGAUUUGUGGUGUCCUUGACAUCGGCAAGUAAUAACGCUAACAUUGCUGUUAAACAAGCAGAUGCCACUGUCAUCAUUGCAGCAAAUGGAGGUUCCAGUGGAACAGUUUCGAUAGAAGCCACAUCCCGGACAGUGUACAUCGGCGAACCCAAUGUUGCUCAGGGGUACAAUGGGCAGACAGAGAUAGUUCUGACUCGAGGAAAUGGUAUAUAUGGCGCUAUCAGUGUCACAUGGUCACUGAGUCCACGGGAGUCGCAACAGUUCCAACAAGUGGAAGGGACGAUCAACUUUGUCGACCAGCAGCAGACGGCAACAGUAGUCCUAGAGGCGAAGGACGAUACAGUGCCAGAGUUGAGGAAAGCAUACACAUUUGUCAUCAGUGCUGCCACAGGGGGCGCCACCGUAACAGCAGAUGAUAGUGGCAAGUUGGCGCGGGUUGUGUUUGUGGCAAGCGACUACCCUCAUGGACGGUUCGAGUUCUCACAGCCUCAGCUCGUCUCAGUGGGAGAAGACGUGGGAACAGUGCAGAUAGAGGUGCGUCGCCAAGACGGGAACGUUGGCCAGGUGCAAGUGUCCUACACAUCCACGCCGGACACAGCGGUCAGUGACCAGGAUUACUUCCCGGUGGCGGGGACCCUGCGGUUUGAGAGUGGCGUCCAGACAAUGCCCAUCCAGGUCACCAUCAAGCCUGACGACCUCCCCGAGGGUCCCGAACAGUUCUACCUCAACCUGACCUCCGCACAGCUGCUCAGCCCAACUGACAAUGACUACAGCAAACAAGGGAACAUGCAGCUGGACAUGCGUCCUGGUAUUGGAGGCGUUGACGUCAAGACGAUCCUCAUACAGAAAAAUGACAAUGCAGAGGGAACCAUCCAGUUCACUCCGGAGGCUGCCAGUUUAACUGUAAAGGAAGAAGAUGGAGUGGCCCGGGUACCACUGACCCGACUCGGUGGUAGCUAUGGCGACGUCAGUGUUCGGUACGACAUACAGUCUGUGAGCGCUAUAGAGGGUCAGGACUUCGUUGGAACUGGAGGCGUUGUGCAGUUCAACAGUGGAGUUGAUGCUGCCACUGUCAAUGUCACUUUGAAUGACGACACCGAGAUGGAGUUUGAGGAGACAUUUACGUUGCGGUUAACUAUUACAACAGGUGGUGCUCAACUGGGUUCACGUACCACAUCUACUGUAACUAUUGCGAAGUCAGACUUCCCAAAUGGAGAGUUCCGCUUCAACGGACAGCUAGACAUUACGAUGCAAAACCCUUCCACGGAGGCAACUAUACCAGUUGAGAUUGAAAGGACGGGCGGAAUGCUUGGCGGGCAGACUGUAUCAUGGAGAAUCAUGGGACCAAAUAACCCUGACACCGUCCUUGAUGACACCAGUGACAUCAGUUACACCAACAACGGACAAGAGGUGACUUCAGGAACGCUAGUGUGGGCCGAUGCAGAGGUAGGACCCAAGGGCUUCACACUCAAGGUCAAGCCCUACUCCAGCUGGGAGGUGGAGGAAGUCUUCAUUGUCAAGAUAUUCAGCAUCGUUGGGUCUUCUGGAAAUGGAAAUGGAGAACCCAGCCCAACUGCUGGACAGAUCAAGAUUACUGUUCAGAAGUUUGGCAGCCCAAAUGGUGUCAUUGGUUUCGAUGGUGCUGCUCGGUCAGAGCGAGAAGUUGACGAGCCUACCGGAAGCGGAACUCUCACCCUCAACUUCCCGCUGAGCCGCAGAGCUGACACAGGCGUUGUGGGAACUCUACAGAUAUUCUGGGAAGUCGAAGGCCCUCCAGGAAUGGUGACAGACAUACAGCCCGUCAACGGCAGCAUAUAUCUGGCUGCAGAAGAACGGGCGAGUGUGAUCAGCAUUCGUGUUUUGCCGGAUGAGGAACCAGAAAUGACAGAGACCUUCAAGCUUGUGUUGAAGAGGAUAGAAGGAGGCGCAGACAUUGACACAAGCUACGGACAGUCCACCUUCAAAAUAAAAUAUAAUGACAAUCCUCAUGGACAGUAUGGAAUUCUACCUGGAAAUCAGAGAAUCUCUGUGGAUCCAUCUGACCUGAAGAGAAGACUACACCUCAACUUCACUCGCCAUGAUGGCAGCUUCGGACGCACCUCUCUGGAAUAUAGAGCUACCUAUGAUGAGCCUCAGAUUGGCAUCACGGUCAGCGCCAGCACUGAUUCUGUGACAUUUGAAGAAGGCCAGUCAUCAGCAACCAAAGUGUUGGACAUUGGCGGCAACGGUUUCCUGGAGAUUGGUACCACCUUCACUAUUACACUGGACAGUGUCCAGUUUCUGGGACCUGGAGUGACUGACGCACCGCGACUGAAGGGAGGUCAGACGGAGGCUAAGAUUCCAGUCCCGGCCCCAGCUGCCAACAGUAAAGUGAGCUUCAAGGAGACUAUCGUCAAUGUGAAUGAGGACACCAAGACAGUUCUGUUGACAGUCAAGCGUGAUGGAACAUAUGGUGUCAUCAAUGUGGAUUGGGUGUCUGGCCUACCCACCGACCAGCUGCCGGCCAAUACCCUCAGUGGGGAGGUGACAAGUGCUGCUGGAACUGUCCCAAUGACACAUGGCAUGGAGGCAGCCAACUUCACUGUGCAGGUGAAUCUCCGUCAAAACCAAGCUGAAUUAUUUGCAGUCCGUCUUCCGGGCCCACCCAAGACAACUGUGGACGGUGGAGCUAGAAUUGUGCUGGACCAAUCAGUGGCCAGGAUAGAACCAUAUGGACUCAUUCAGUUUGAUGUCAACUCGCGUUCACCUCAGGUUACCGAGAGUAUGCGACAGGUGACCUUGACUGUUAAUCGCUUGUACGGCUCUGUCGGCCGAGUGGAGGUCAGGUACUCUACCCAGAGUGCAUCAGCACAAGGCAACAUUGACUACCGUUCGAUACGGGGUGGUGUCGCAGAGAUGAAUGAAGGCGUAGUAUCUGCAACCUUCAACAUUGAAAUUUAUACAGACACUCUUCCAGAGGAAACAGAAACAUUCCAUGUGAACCUAACUGAUGUCGUCAUGUUUCCCACCCCUCAGAACCCUGUGCCCUCUCCAAGGCUGAGUGAGCUGUACUCCACGGCCACUGUCUCCAUCACGGAGAGCAACGACCCCUACGGGGUCCUGUGUCUGGAGCCCUGGACCUUCACCACACAGGAGAAAUUCACGGCCAUCGUCCUCACAGUCGUGCGGACAGGUGGAGUGUUUGGACAAGUAUCUGUGAGGGUUAGGACAGUUGGAGGAGAUGAAUCGUGGACAUCGGAAAUUUCCACCAACACUGGCAGCACUGGCAACAACACCAUCAGCGAGGUACUCCAAAGCAGGGACCCCGCCUCCAAAGCCAUUGGAGGCACAGACUAUUCAGUGCUGGACACUACAGUGGUCCUACAGGCAGGGGAGGUCAGCAAGCAAGUUAACGUGACGAUCCUUGAUGACGACACCGCGGAGCCGAAAGAGGUGGUGCUUGUAUACCUGACGGAUCCUGUAGGUGGCGCCAGGGUAGGCCGCGGAGAUCCCGAUGGCGGGAAGAGGGGCUUUGCAAUGAUAACAAUCCAGGCCAGUGACACAUCCAAUGGACGGAUUGGGUUUGCACAAGCAUCCAAGAAUGUGAGAGUGAACGAAGACACAGCCAAUCCCAACGCAACCCUCACUCUGAUUCGGCAGCUGGCGUUCUUCGGGGAAGUCAGGGUGUCGUGGAAAGCCAAGAAAUCCCAGAGUUCCUCGGACACAGAGGAUGCUGCUUUGUCCUCCCAGCUGACAGCUGUCUCAGGGGUCACUGUUUGUCCAGCAGGGCAACAGACAUGCUCUCUGGUUGUGGGCCUUAUUGAUGAUAAGGACCCUGAGGAGGAGUUCCAGUUCGUGGUCCAGCUCCUGGCAGCAGUGGAGGAUGCUGAGCUGGAGGAGGGAAGUCUGUUUGCUACCGUGGUCAUCGCCACAAGUGACUUUGUAAGAGGACUGAUCGGUUUCAACCAGGCUUCACUGUUGGCGAUUGUUGGCGAUGAGGACAAGACCGUGCGUUUGACAGUUGCACGCACCAUGGGACAGACCUACGACGUGGAAGUUUCCUAUGAGACAUUUGAGACUCUGAAGAUUGAAGAGUCAGGGGUUGACAUCUAUCCUGCAGUUGCGUCUCAAGACUUCAAGUCCCAGUCUGGAACUCUGACGUUUGCAGCUGGGUCACAGAACUCCCUGAAGACUAUUGAUGUCGAACUCUCACCAAUCACAAGCUCCAACAACCCUCUACCCAAACAGUUCCGUCUCAGACUCAAACUCCCAACAAACGAAGCUAGCCUUCAUGCCAGCAAUGCAGAAGCCACAGUUCGCAUCGUGAAACAGAAAGAUGUCGGCAUCUGGAUGACAAUUGCUGAAAGACUUAACACACCCCUUACAGAUCCAAACAUACAGAAGAUUCUGGCUCAACUGGACACUAUAGUGAGAGAUGACCUGGAUGAUAAUAACAUGAAGCUGUUGGAAGACACCCUGGUCAGCAUCACAAAGGAAGGGGAAAAGAGGAAGCUCUCCCCGGAGGUGGUCACAAGCACGCUGAAUCUGUACUGUAAGCUGAUGGAGCCAGGAGCCACUGAUGCCAGGAAGGGGAAAUACUCCAUGGCCAAGUCCCUGGAGGCGUUUGCGUACACUCUCCUGAAGGAUGCACCUUGCCUUGAAGCAUCUCAUCCCGAUGCUGGAAAACUAGUGUCUCAUGAGUGCAACAACGUCAAAAUAUCGGCCGGGAGAAUCCCAAUAGAGACGCUGAAAGGAUUCAGCUUUACAGGGCAGCGCAGAGAUGAAUUUAAGUUUCCAAACAAGAUACCAAGUGUCCCAACCACAGGAACAGAGUGUAAGGAUGUUCACUUCAUAGAAUAUAACAGCGACCUUUGGUACCAAACAGAAAACCCUCAAGCAUUACUGAACGGCAAGAUCAUAUCAAUUGGCAUCAAGGGUCAGUCAUCAGGAUAUUCAGAAGAUCCGGUCACAUUCAAGAUCCACAGUCCCGACCGGCGAGUGUCCACGUCCACAGCAGAGUGUGUGUAUUUUGAUGAGAGUGCAACCAAGUGGACAAAUCCCACAGAUGUAUGCAAGGUGACCAAUGCUGUCACUCUGGGAGACGAAGACUUUGUGGGGUGUUCGUGUAAUCACAUGACCAGCUACUCUGUGAUCGCCAAGACGAUGGACCCUGGACUGGUGUACUAUGAGCUGUGGUUCUACAUCUGCUGUGCAGUCUGUAUGGCUUGUCUUCUGAUUGUGAUCAUCCUCCAUCACGUCUGCUUCACACAACCCAUGAUAUCCGCCAGUCUCUUCAUGCAUCUUCUGUUUGCUGCCUUUGCAACUCAGCUGUGCAUGGUGCUGUCGGCCUACCUGAGUAAAAGUCAGCUCAUCCUUGUGACCUCGACCACGGACAACAACUACAGGUGUAUCAUCAUGGGGCUGUUCUUGCAUUACUUCUUUGUGGCACAGUUCACCUGGAUCAUGACGCUGGCUGUGAACCUGUGGAAACUUCUUGUAAUGAAUGACGAGCAUACAGAGAGGAAGUAUGUGCUCUUCUUCUUCCUCGGAUGGGGGCUGCCCUUGUUGGUAGUAGGAAUUUUCUAUGCAGUGGUGUUCAACCUGUAUAAGUAUGUGUACACAUUGCCUGUGGACUUCAUAUACGGAGAUGUUAACAAUAACAGUGAAAUGUGCUUCAUCACCAAUCCGUAUGCUGCGCUGGGUGGAGUCAUUGUGCCAGUACUGAUCAUCCUUCUCGUGGUGUGCGUGGUCUUCAUCAAGGCCUACCAGAUGUCUGGGCAGUGGGAGUCCUAUGAUGACAUCUACAGGGGCAGAUACAACAGGAUGGAGAUCAAGCUGAUGCUGCUGGUGUGGGGCUUGCUGGCGUUUGCCUGGUUGUGGGCUGGGCUACACAUGGUGUACGGCCAGCUGUGGCUCAUUGUCCUGUUCUGUGUGUUUAUUGUCAUAUUGGGUUUGUUCGCCUUCAUCGUCUAUGGAAUCCUCCGCAACCCCUGCAUGCCCUACUACAGCACACACAAGGCCAGCUAUGCCGUCAGCAUCAAUGACUUCGACUCCAUCCAUCCAUCAGCUGUACCACACUACCACUAUCAGCCUUCACCAGGGCCAGCCAGCUUCAAGGGCUCAAGGGCCUCCCUUCUACAUGAGGCAUGGGAGCGUGAUUCCAUUGGUCCACGAAGUCAGAUGACUGUGAAGAGAGCUCUUCCAUCUCAAGUUUACAUCAACCCUCCUGUGUCCAUCAUCAGCGGCCCAUCUCACAGCGACAUGGAAGAUCGCGACUUUGACGAGUUGUUAUAUGCUUUGAAAGCAGGGGGGAGUUUUGCCCCUAGUGAGGUGUCACAUGGUGCAGACAAUUUGUCUAUUCAAUCAGACAGACUUGAGCGGUAUGAAACAAAAAGAAUAGAUAUUGCAGACACCCAUUUAUAAAUGUUGUUAUUAUGCAUUUUGUACUUAUUCACAAAUUAGCAUUAACAGAGCUUCAUGUUGUGCUUAAAACAUGUCCCGGUUUGUAUGAACAAGGAACAUAUCUUGUCACAAGGCAUUGAUUUUCUUAAAUACAUAGUUUACAGACGUGCUGAAGAAAAAUAAUAAAAUGAACAUUUUGAAAAAAUAUAACAACUUUCCUGCUGAGAAAAGGGACCUUAUGGGUGCUAGGAUACAAUUGUGCUGUGAUGUCAUAGAGAGUGAGUGAGUA